AUGCGCCUUCACUCAAUCUGUCUUUCUCUCUCGGGCAUAUCCCGACGAUUGAUUACCUUGACCUUACAGCGACACACGCCCUGCCUGGUGGUACGGGGCCCGAGGCAAAACUCGGCCACAAUUGUAAGGGUUCUCUGCCAUCGUCAUACAAGUCACCUGAACGAUUACGCGGGCUAUCGACAGGAGGCAACCAGUCGUACCGCCCGUCUCUUCAUCGCCGAAGAGGGAACCAAGAUCCCGCCCCGUCCGAGUUACGCCUCCCCCGAACCGCGGUGCGGACAUUUCCCCGCGACCUGUCCGUACCUACCUCACUGUUCCGCGCAUGAUGCGGGACGCCCUACUUGUAAGGUAGUCUGGGUCAAUUUGGAGGGAGAAGAAUUCGUCAGCCCCAGGCGCAAAGCCACACCCUCUCACGUGCCAUUUCUGCCCCACCCCGAGAAGUUGGGGCUUAGCUCGCGCUCCGUCCUGAGGUGGAUACCCCAGCAGCUUACGCAGUCACGUGGUAGUGUGAAAAGACCAAGAGCCGCGCACAAAAAGCCACACGCUCGGUCCCCCAUAUCCCACCACGUGCUUCUGGCCUACGGGUCCGGGGAUGCCAUACCCUUGACGCUCUUUUGUAAGCCGGCCCCUCUUCUUCGAGGUGGAGAUGUCAGCAAAAAAGCCAAGAUGGCACCGGGAAGACCCCGAUCCCACCCGCGGCCUUAUUAUGGAGUUGCACCCACAGUCCAGACUUUUGCCUUGCAAGCUGAGCAUGUUGCAGAGUUCGCUGCACCUGAUCCAAUUGAGCAAAAGGCCAAGAGCCAUCAACCCGUCCCGUCCCUUUCCAUUACUCCAUCACCGAGUUGGAACCGAAAUAUUCUCGUCACCCAUUCACGGAGGUUGUGGAUAUACACAAACAAGGCAUCUACUGUGGUUUCUUCUCUAGCUAUGACCGGCCUUCCGGAGGUGGUUCCGAUGCGGACGAGAUUCCGCACUCCUCUCACAUGCAUCCACCGGCAGUCGGCAAUCUCUUCCUUUGACGUGCCAGAUCGGAAGCGGGGAAUCGCAUCAUCUCGACAUCGGAAGAAGGGGCUUGGCAUUAUCGGAUUGACACUUGGAUGGAACUCGUCAUACCUUUCCGGUUCCCAUUAUCGGCAACUGGACGGCAGGCUGCUUACAACCAACGGCAUCGAGCACGGUCACAUAGUUCGGAACGUUGACAAAGGUUUAAUCGGAUCCGGCACAGUCACGCCUGCCCCCUCGAAUACAGUUUUCCGAUUGAGGGUGGCAUUCAAUAUCUUCCCCUGCCCGUCUGCCAUGUGUCAGAAAAACAGCAAAAGGACGAUGCCGGGUCCAGAAUCCCAACCACCGCGAAAAUGGUCUCCAACGAAGAACCCGGACAUGCUAGGCCUUUCUAAAUACCGAAAAAGAAAGGAGGAGAGAAUCAUCCACGAAAUCCACUCAUUCCCGACCCCAUCCCGAUGCCUUCUUCUCCAAAUUUUGUCACGCAGGGAGAAGGGAUGGGACGGAGGACUCGUGGACGGGGUGAUCCGUCGUGUGGGGUGGGGUCUUAACACGAUCCCUCCUCGCGCAAAAAGCCGGUACAGAACCACGCCCAUACAAGAAAAGAACCAGAAAAACCUUGGCCCCGUCGUGAAUUAUGCGCAGAUUGCAAUCACCUGGAACGCGUUCGAGACCUCUUCGGCCACUUUGGGACAAUUUUCAAUCUCUAGAGCUGGUGCACUUUACCUAUCGACAAUAAUUCCAGCGAAGUUGACCGCGAAAACACUACGACGCAACUGCAGUAGUGUCAAGACCGCCCAAAAGAAAAAGCACGCCCAUGCGCAUAAUGAUGCGCCAGCCGGCAGAGAUGGGAAACUCGUAUCGAGAGAGUUCGGCGUGCGCGAUAUCGAUAAUUCACCAUCAUACACCCGUCGCCGCCCCCGGAUGCGUGACAUCAAGGACGCAGCAACUCUGACUGACCCUUGUUUUUUUCCCGCUGGGACGAUGAGAUAUGCAGCGGUCUGGGCUCAUACUUGGUUCAGCAUCCGCAGCAAUGACCUUUUCAGCGUCUGCUUUUCUGCCGUUCAGUGUCUCUACACGUUUUACAGAGAGUACUCCCUCAUCUGGCCUCAUUUCCAUCAACAAUCGAAGCCCCGUUUUCUCGGCACCACCGCACCGCAGACUCAAGCCACGAAGCCUCCCUACGAGCCUCCGAACUGA